AUGAACGCGGAACAGAAGGCCCGGAUCGAGGCUAAUAGACAGCGAGCUCUUGCCCGUUUAAAAAGUAGAGGCAUCAUUCGGGAUGACCAAGCAAAGCAAAUCGAAAGCAGAAAUACACCAGCCUCUAAGCGUGCAGCGCCUGAUUCUAUAGCAAGCCAGGAUGUUACCGAAAAUCGAGCCAAAGCCAUGAAGUUGUACGCUCCUCACCCAGACACUAGAAGAGAUGCGUCCGCGGAAACGAGUCUCAGAGAUGAGCUGGAUAAAGAUACAGGCUCGAAAAGGCCUCUGGACAAGAUACGACCUACGGUGCGCAAGCAAGACUAUAUUGAAUAUGACUUGGCUACAAUGAGAAACUCCAACGGUGGUUUCAUCAACUUCGAUGAAGAUGAGGGUGGCGGUUCGGAAAAUAGGAAGAACCAGUCUUUGGAGGAAUGGCAAAGAGCACAACAGGAGAGAAGAGCUCUCUAUGAAGAUGCGCAGCCCCCGGAACAUCCUUCCUUGGCGCCCAAAUGUGUUGAGUGCCACAUUAACACAGAGCUAGAUCCCCUUUUGCACGAUGUUUUCAAACUUCAAGUUUGCAAAGCGUGUGCUAAAUCCCUACCCGAGAAAUAUUCCUUGUUGACGAAAACUGAGUGCAAAGAGGACUAUUUUCUAACAGAUCCGGAACUCAACGACAAUGCUCUAUUUAACAGAUUUGAGAAGCCCAAUCCGCAUUCAGGUACAUUUGCGCGUAUGCAGCUUUUUGUGAGAUGCCAAAUUGAAGCGUUCGCUUAUCAAAAAUGGGGUGGAGAAACGGGCCUUGAUGGCGAAUGGCAGCGACGCGAGGAGGCCAAAGCGCAGAGACGUGAGAAGAAGUAUAAGGAAAAAAUGAGAGAAAUGAGAGUCAAAACACGGGCCCAAGAAUACACAACGAAAUUGCUAAAUCGUAAACACGGAAAGGAGCAUGUUCACGCUUUUUCCGCAGCUGUCGAUGGUGGGGUCAACGAAGACGGAAUUCGAAUGGUUAAACGUAGAUGCUUUGAAUGCGGAUUAGAGACUCAGGAAAUUUCUAUUUAG